UGAAUUGGCUAAGGGAAAAUUCUGGUAGGAUUGUAUGACUUUUUAAAACAAUGUCCUUGUGUUAUUUAAAACGGAAAAGAUCAGGUGAGGAGGUGCCCUGCCUAGCAGGAAUGUAGCACCUAGCCUGAUCCAACUCCGUUAAGAAUCAGGGAGUGCUGGGAGAAGAAAGUACAAUUGCUCACCUUGUACAGAGUGUCUGAUUUCUUAUCAAGGCUGUGGCUAAUCAAGUGGGAUCCUUCAAUCACGUUCCCUUCUCGUGCGCUAUAUAUUUGCGUUUGGAAACGCCGUCUCCCGUGAGAGACCGUCUGCUCAAUUGCCCUGCUCCUCUGGCUAACAAGGGUGCUGAGGCCCUGGUAGCUGAGGGUUCCAGUCUGCUGCUUCUGAAACCAUGGCUUUUCCUGCAGGAUUUGGAUGGGGGGCAGCCACAGCAGCUUAUCAAGUGGAAGGAGGCUGGGAUGCAGAUGGAAAAGGCCCUUGUGUCUGGGACACAUUUACCCAUCAGGGAGGAGAGAGAGUUUUCAAGAACCAGACUGGCGAUGUAGCUUGUGGCAGCUACACUCUGUGGGAGGAAGAUUUGAAAUGUAUCAAACAGCUUGGAUUGACUCAUUACCGCUUCUCUCUUUCCUGGUCACGUCUGUUACCUGAUGGGACGACAGGUUUCAUCAACCAGAAAGGAAUUGACUAUUACAACAAGAUCAUUGAUGAUUUGUUAACAAAUGGGGUUACGCCCAUAGUGACACUCUACCACUUUGAUUUGCCUCAGGCUUUAGAAGACCAAGGAGGUUGGUUGUCAGAGGCAAUCAUUGAACGCUUUGACAAAUAUGCUCAGUUUUGCUUCAGUACCUUCGGGGAUAGAGUCAAGCAGUGGAUCACCAUAAAUGAGCCUAAUAUUCUUGCCAUGUUGGCAUAUGAACUAGGUAGCUUUCCUCCUGGUAUACCUCACAUUGGGACUGGAGGUUAUCAGGCAGCUCAUAAUAUGAUUAAGGCUCAUGCCAGAUCCUGGCACAGCUAUGAUUCUUUAUUCCGAAAAAAGCAGAAGGGUAUGGUGACCCUAUCAAUUUUUGCUAGCUGGUUGGAACCAGCAGAUCCCAACUCAGUGUCUGACCAGGAAGCUGCUAAAAGAGCCAUCGCUUUCCACUUGGAUUUCUUUGCUAAACCCAUAUUUAUUGAUGGUGAUUAUCCGGAAGUUGUCAAGUCCCAGGUUGCCUCCAUAAGUAAAAAGCAAGGAUAUCCAUCAUCAAGGCUUCCAGAAUUCACAGAAGAAGAGAAGAAAAUGAUCAAAGGCACUGCUGAUUUCUUUGCUGUGCACUAUUAUACUUCUCGCUUAGUCAAGUACCAGGAGAACAAGAAAGGAGAACUGGGUCUUCUCCAGGAUGUGGAGAUUGAAUUUUUUCCAGAUCCAUCUUGGAAAAAUAUAGAUUGGAUCUAUGUGGUGCCAUGGGGAAUACGUAAAGUACUGAAAUAUAUCAAGGAUACGUAUAAUAACCCUGUAAUUUACAUCACUGAGAAUGGGUUUCCCCAGCUUGACCCCACGUCUCUUGAUGACACUCACCGCUGGGAGUAUUUCAGACAGACAUUUCAGGAACUAUUCAAAGCCAUCCAACUUGAUAAAGUCAAUCUUCAAGUGUAUUGUGCAUGGUCUCUUCUGGAUAACUUUGAGUGGAACCAAGGAUACAGCAGCCGGUUUGGUCUCUUCCACGUUGAUUUUGAAGACCCAGCUAGACCUCGAGUCCCUUAUACGUCAGCCAAGGAGUAUGCGAAGAUCAUCAGAAACAACGGCCUGGAAGGGCAUCUAUAGGAAAGAUGGCUAGAAAAUACUACCUGGGGAAGAGGCCUCUGCUUUGGGGGAAAAACAUCUGCUUUGGUGAUGGUCUCUCAGGAAAACGUAGUUGCUUCUCUAAUCAACAGCUUGUACCAGUGGAUCUGUGAUUAUGAAGUCUGAAUAUGUGAUGCCUGGUGAUGUAUUUAAUAAUGGUCUUUAUUUGUAUCUGGAUCAAUGAACUUUUAAAAAAAAGUAGAAGAGAAAACCACUAAAAUUGAUUUUUGUGUUAAAAAAUCAGACUUAGAAACAAACUCAAAUCCUUAGACAUUUUCCUGGACAAAAACAAUGCAAAAUUUAUAAAGAUAAUAUGCUCAUGAUUUGCAAAUGUAACAAAUUACUUAUUAUAAGAAUAAUUGGUAAUUAAUGUACUUAUUUUGUUUACAUAAGCUACUUUUGCUUAGUAGAUCCACUGUUAUGUGAUCCAUAAUUUUUUCUACUACCUAAUCUAGCAUUAAAAAAUCAAAGUUAAAAGUUAGUCACAUUAUAUACUUAUGCGGUUUUUUAACAAAAGAGUUAAUUGGUAAUCUAUUUGAUAUAAUGUAUUUGUUAAUAUAUUUGGUUUAUAUUUUAUGUAUGCAUCAACAAAUGUAUCCUUCUCUUACACAAUGAAAUUUUGAAAAAUAAUAAAAUAAUUGAAUAAAUUAGACUUAGUAUGACAGA